CACCGUCUCAGUUAAUCUCUGGGAAGGACAGAGGCUGUGGAGAGGGGCAAAGUGUUCAUCAGAGAAGGCGCAGCUCUCUUCUUGCAAGCAAAACCAUCGCAGAGCAAAUUCUCAUCCCCUGACACUUGUAGGCUCGGCUGCAUUCAACCCGCCGUGCGGUUUAACGCCAGGCAGUUUUAGUCACUGCCAAGUCGGCGGGAUUGGGCAGAGUUAGCGAGUCACUCCGAGCGUGCAGAACGUUUGUUUCCUCGGCCACGCGCCAUGAAGUCGCCCGCGACGUUAAUGCUGUCGCUGCUGCUGCUGCUGCUGAUAAUUGCCGGGCAGUGCAGCCCGGCUCCCAACCACCGUCAGCGCGAUCCGCACGCUCAGCGCUCUCGCAAGGCGCGCUACGCCCUGCAGGACGAGGUCAACCUCGUGUCGUACGGGCUGCUGCAGCUGGGCAGCACCUUCAAGCACUACGUGGACAGGCUCACGGUGCAGGUCAACGACGCCUUCCAGAAGAUCCAGGCGCAGGGCUCAGCCUACACCCGCCUGGAGCAGGAGACGACGCAGCUCAAGGAGGCCGAGCAGAAGCUCAAGGAGAAGACGGCCGAGCUCGAGAGCAGCAACAUGGAGCUGCGGGUGGAGUCGGCCAAGCUGGGGCACCGCGUCGAGUGGCUGUCCGAGGAGGAGCUGGUGCUCAAGAAGAAGGUGCACGAGCUGGAGGCUCGGCUGGUGAACCGCAGCGGAGAGCUGCAAUCCAGUGACCUCGCUGUCAUCAAGUCGUUUUUUGACGGGCAGAACAAAAACAUCUCGAACCUGCUGCAGACAGUGUCGGACCAAAACGAGAGGCUGCAGCAGCAGUCGAUGAAGAUUCAGGGCCUGGAGGAGAAGGUCGAGGCCACCAAGGCACGAGUGAACAAAUUCCGGAGGGGCUCCCGGGAGAGGAUAGCCCGGCGGUACUACCCAAGAACGAGCGGCGAGGUUGCGGUGGCCGAGAACGACAGCACCGCUGUUCCAUAGCGGAGACGCACGAGGAGGCCCGCCGGAACGUCUGGCAGACCAAUUCACGCUCGCCGUCAUCUGCCGCUGUGCCAGCUUCGGGCGCUCGGCGACGGUGCAUCAUUGCCGAGGCAGCUUACUAACUCGACCUGUGCGACGGCCCCAGCAGCCACCACCCCUACCCAUGGGUCCGGCCAUAAAGCGACACCGCCGCUUGUCUGCAAUGACUACGAUGACUUUUACAACAACGACAAAAAUGCACGCACAGCACUGUGGCCGGGGAGCUUUUUCAAACGUACGCACGAAAUAUAUAUUUACCCUGUGAUGGAGUAGCUUACGUGGAUUCUCUUUUGUGUAAAUUAAAAGCUGCAAAUGUAUGUCAUAUCGUAGCGGCACGCUGUCCCUGCUGUUACUCUGAGCUUAACUUAUUUUAUCCAAUGACCACUUUCAGGAACUACUGAUUGCCCUUCGUUGUGUUCAUAGUGUUUUAAUAACCUGAUAACCAGAAAUCCUAUUUUUGACAAGUGACAGCUUUGAAUGUGUGUAUUAGGAUUUUUUUUUUUCAUUUUGUGUAAUGUACAUACAUGUUUUAUGCUUAUCGUGAUUUUUUUAUAUAUAUAUAAAAAGCAUACACACAAAACUGUAAACUUUCUGUGUUUAAAUGUGAUAUUUUUUCAAAUAGAUGGUGUUAUCAUCAAUAAAGGAUGGUUACAUAUA